AUGUUCUGUGCCAUAGUCACCACCAUUGAGAGGUGUAAGACAGAGGGAGUGGUGGAUGUGUUCCAGGUGGUCAAGGCUCUCAGGGUACACAAACCUGGAGCUCUCCUCACUGUGGCACACUACCGUUUGCUGUUUGAAGCAGUGUUGGUGUAUCUGGACUCAUUUGACACUUACAGCAGUUUUAUUAGUGAUAAGAACCCUUGAAUUAUAGCUAUGGGUUAGUGAUAAUUAUGUACGAAUUUAUGUUUGGUAUAUAGCACGGGUCAUGUAUUAUAACAAGGUUGAUCCAUCUUUGACAAUGUGCCUUUAGAUUACGGAUUCAGGACAUCAUGAUCCCUUUUCUGCCAAGCAUCUACUUAAUGCUGACUAAUUUUUAAUUUUUCUACCUGCCCAACCUCAAAACUGGGACCAAAGACAAGUUGGUAUACUGACCCUAGCCAACUACUUGGGCUUUUGCGUUCGUCCACGAUCAACUAUGGUAUGCAGUUGAGCCUCUGUGCCAACUGUUCUAGAAGGCAGGCAAUCAGUGGAAAGUCACUGGAGUUCAUCCAUGCAGACUAUGGGGGGUUGUUCUUGGCUUGGCUCUGUGAUGUGAUCUAAAAGGGAUUAUCCAAAAACAUUGCACGAAAGAUGUUCGCUAGCCCAGGCAAUACAAAUUCCAAAUAUAAUGAUUCCAAUUAAUGCUGCACCAC